UCCCUCUUCCUCCAGUCCACUUCGCGGAGAAAAACCCAAUUUCCAUGUCUCUCUCCAUUGGUUCUUUCUUCGCGCCCUAAUUUCUUCUCUGCGUCCAUUCGGUUCCUCAAUUUUUCUUCCUUUCUGUGAUUCCGCGUCUCCUUUGCCCUAGAUCUUCUCCCGCGACGCCAUUCGAACCUAGAAAUUCCGCUUCAAUCGCCUGGAACGAACUCCGUCGUCCCAAUUUCGCGCAUUCGCGGCGGGAUUCUCCUCUUUUGAAGAAGAAAGAUUAGCGCGCUUUUGGUCUGAUUGCCUGCUUCUUCGGCCCCAGGGGCUCCGGUUUUCUUCUUAACAUUCCGCCCAUGUGCGCCUUCAGAUGGUUCUCCGAAGCUUGAUCCAUGGAGGCUCCUGUCGGAGGGGAUACAAAAGGCUUCCGCCAUGACCAGGCGUACCGGCUGUCAAACACUACUUACUCGGAGAUUGCCCCGUGCUUGCCGUUGCCUGUAUUGCCGGUUUUCUGCGGGGCGGAUGAUCCGGAGCUUCGUCUCUUUAAUGAGGCGGCGCCCCGGAAUCUCAACCGGCCCGAGAUUCUAGCUCAUGCGGCGAAGGUUGCGGCUCUGCUUAAAACGACUGACGCCAGCUACUUGUCCAUCAAAAGGAAUUUUGGUGCUUGUGCUUCUGCAGAGCCUGGUUCUCUUCUGUACGAAGUUCUUCACUAUGAUGCUGAUGGAUUUAAAUGCUCAACUCCAGGUAGUAAUAGGGAUCCGAAUCUUCACAAGUUGUCUGAAAAGAAACACGUGGAACAUAUCGUGGAGGAUGUUGUCAAGGGACAAAACAUGUCAGCACGUUCCCUGACUGACCAUUCUGACAGGAAAUAUACUAAUGAUAAUCUUGUUUCUGAUUCUUCCAAGAAAUUCAAAAUCAGAAAAGGAGGAAAUGAAGAUAUGCCAUCUUUUACUGAGCCAAAUCUUGCGGAUGUUCAUGAUUCAUUUGUUCGUGGCUUCUGUCAAAUGGUGGAUGAAAUUUGUUGUAGAGCAGAAAAUACAUUUGGUGAUCAGGACGACACAGAAAGCACACCUCUUCCUUUAUCUGACAUGAAGUUUCUCGUAAAUGAAAUAAUGGCCAUGCGUGCAAAAAAAAUUCUACAUUUGGUUCCUGUUGACACUCUUGUGAGGCUUUUAAGUGUACUGGAUCGUCAAAUCCUUCAUGGACAUGGUUUAUCAAUUGAAGAGUCUGAAAAUUUUGAAUCUGGCACAAUAUUGUUGGUUCUUGGUGCUCUAGAGGCCACUCAUGCAUCACUGGCAAUUAUGACCUAUAAAGAUAUGCCAAAACAGCUUUAUAAAGAAGAAUUAAUUGAUAGAAUUAUAGACUUCUCAAGACAUCAGAUAAUGGACUGUAUGUUGGCCUGUGAUCCUGCUUAUCGAGCUCUACACAAACCAAGGGAUGAUGAUGCUUUGGAUGGUGAUGAAGAUGAAAAUGAUGAUACUGAUCUUGGUUCUGGUGGCAAGAAAAGUCGUCGUCCUUCCAAAACAGUCAAAACUAAGAAAGCAGCUAACAAAAUCUCCAACACUGUUAAUACAGUGCUGCAGAAGCUUUGUACUAUUCUUGGUUCUCUCAAAGAUCUUUUGUCUAUAGAAAGGCUAGCUGAUAGUAGCAUUUUACAACUGGUGAAGACAAGCUUCACUACCUUCCUUGUAGAUAAUGUACAGAUUUUGCAACUGAAAGCAAUCAUGUUGAUCUCUGCGGUCUGCUCCUCAUACUUGCAACAUAGGAAAUUUUUGAUUGAUGAAACACUUCAAGUACUUUGGAAAUUACCUUCAAAGCGUAGUUUUAGAUGUUAUCAUUUAUCUGAUGAACAAAUUCAGAUACAAAUGGUAACUGCUUUGCUGAUUCAGCUGGUUCAGUGUAGUACCAGCAGUCCUUUUAUUUUCCGAGAAACCUUAGCUAGUGAUGAUGAUUCGGUGCUGGAGACUUCAAAUGAUGCUUGCCAACCUAAUAAGUGUCAUGAGGCUGCCACUGAAGCAUGCUGUCACUUCUGGAGUAGUAUUCUUCAUAGAUGGACUACCAUCAAAACUCAAGAUGGGUUAGAUCUGAAGGGAAUCAUGGAAAACCUUGUUAUGGAUUUGCUAACCACAUACAAUUUGCCUGAGUAUCCUGCUUCUGCUAAUAUACUUGAGGUUCUUUGUGUAUUGCUUCUCCAAAAUGCUGUAUUGAAAUCUAAAGAUGUCGCAACACGCUGCAUGGCCAUUGACCUCCUUGGUACAGUAGCUGCUAGGUUAAAGCAUGAUGCUGCAAUUCUCCGAGGGGACAAAUUCUGGGUUUUGGAGGAGUUGCAUGGGGAACAGAAUGAUGACAUUCCAAAAGAAGUAUGCUGUGUUUGCUUUGGUGGAAGAGGUGGGACUGAAGUAAUCACAUGUCAUGGAUGCCAAAGAUGCUUUCACAAUGAAUGUGUGGGGCUUAUAGGAAAGGAUACUGUGUCUCGCAGCUGGUUUUGCAGUCUCUGUCUCUCCAGAAACCAACUGAAAUAUUUGCACUCAUACUGGAGAUCGAAGUGCAAGAGCGAGGAAAUCAAGAACCAUUCAGCAGGAAAUGACCGUGAGGAAUCUCCUACAAUCACAGGAUUGGAUGUUGUGCGUCAGACACUCUUGAAUUGUCUGCAAGCAUCUGAUUCCGUGGAAAAUUUGAACUUGAUCAUUCGCUGGUUUUACCUCUGCCUAUGGUACAAAGAUGAAGCAAAGUCUCGGGAGACAUUCCUUUACUAUCUUAUUAGACUAAAAUCAAAAGAAAUAUGGGACGUUGGGGCUGCUGCUUCUAUGUUUUCAAGAGAGUUAGCAAAAAAAGUUUCCUUUGCAUUGGGCAGGAACCGAUCUUUUGCCCGAGGAUUUGAUAAAAUCUUCGAUGUUCUUUUGAAAAAUUUGCAGGAAAACUCUCCAGUACUGAGGGCUAAGGCUUUGCGUGCGGUUAGUGUAAUAGUUGAGGCAGAUCCUGAGGUUCUUUGUGAAAAGCGUGUUCAGCAUGCUGUUGAGGGGAGAUUUUCUGAUUCUGCAAUAUCUGUUCGUGAGGCUGCUUUAGAAUUAAUUAGCAGAUAUAUUUCCUCUCAUCCUGAUGUUGCCACUAAGUAUUUUGAAAAAGUAGCUGAGCGGGUGAAGGAUACAGGAGUCAGUGUCCGUAAACGUGCUAUCAAAAUUAUCAGGGACAUGUGUGUUUCCAAUGAACACUUCAGUGGGAGCACGAGUGCCUGCCUACAAAUUAUCACCCGUAUUAAUGAUGAUGAAUCAAGUGUACAGGAUCUUGUUUGCAAAACAUUUUAUGAGUUCUGGUUUGAAGAACCUUCUAAUAUCCCAACACAGUAUGUUGGAGACAAUAGCUGCAUACCUGUUGAGAUAGCAAAGAAGACGGAGCAAAUUGUUGACAUGUUAAGGAAAAUGUCAAAUCAUCAGCCCUUGAUUACGCUUGUUAGACGGACAUUGGCACUUGACUUCCUUCCACAGUCAUCAAAAGCUACUGGAAUUAAUGCUGUGUCUCUUGCAUCAGUGCGUAAGCGUGGUGAACUAAUGUGCAAGUGCUUGCUGGAAAGAAUUCUGCAGGUAGAAGAAAAUAACAAUGAAGAAGUGGAGGUUCGUGCACUUCCAUAUGUGCUUGCUUUGCAUGCAUUUUGCGUUGUAGAUCCAACUAUCUGUGCUCCACCAGCAGAUCCUUCACAAUUUCUGGUGACUCUGAUGCCAUAUCUAAAGAGCCAGGUGAACAACAGAGCAGUAGCACAGAUGCUUCAGAGUAUUGUUUUUAUAAUUGAUGCAGUUCUUCCUUUGCUUCGGAGGCCACCUUCAAGUUUUAUUGAGGAACUUGAGCAGGACCUGAAGCAGACGAUUCUUCGGUAUUCUUUCCUGAAUGUGGUUCAUGCUUGCAUCAAGUGUCUUUGCACACUGUCUAGAAUUUCAAGUAGAGGUGCCAGUUCAGUAAUGCCUCUUAUCCAAAGGUUCUUCAAACAUUUGGAUGUCAGCAAGGAUACCACUGGUGCUGAUAAUGAGCAGGCAGUGCAGCGGUCCCUCUUCUGUCUUGGGCAACUAAUCCGCUAUAGUCCAAAGUCAGGAAUAUCCCUUGAUCAUGAACAUUUCUCCAUCGCUAAGGUCCUCUCAUUGUUGAAAGGAUAUCUCUGUUCAGAAAGCUUCAAUGUAAAGGUCCGAUCUUUGCAGGCUCUGGGAUUUAUCACGAUUGCUAUGCCUGAAUACAUGAUGGAGAAUGAUAUUGAGAAAAUAGUAGGAGCUGCUUUAUCUCCAAGUUCAGACACUCGGCUCAAGAUUCAGGCUUUGCAAAAUAUACAUGAGUAUCUCGUUGAUACAGAGGGUGAAAUGGUGAUAGAGGCUCAGAAAAGUUCCGCCAAUCAAGGUACUGGUGGGUCUGGACAUGAAGUUCCUGUUGUUGCUGGUUCCAGUGACAGUAAUAUUUGUGGAGGAAUAAUUCAGUUACACUGGAAUAGUAUCUUGGACAACUGCUUGGAUGUGAAUGAACAAGUCCGUCAAGCUGCACUUAAGAUUGUUGAAGUUGUACUCCGCCAGGGUCUUGUUCAUCCCAUUACAUCUGUUCCAUACCUCAUUGCUCUGGAAACAGACCAACUUGAAUUGAAUUCAAAGUUGGCUCAUCGCUUACUGAUGAACAUGAAUGAAAAGUAUCCUGCAUUCUUUGAGAAUAGAUUGGGUGAUGGACUUCAGAUGUCAUUUAACUUUAUCCAGUCAAGAAGUGAAAGUUCUUUGGACACUCAUAAUUGCAACAAAGUUCACGGAAAUACAAAAGUAAAGAAUGACAACAGUAUUCUUUCUUUUGCUAAGCUGGGUAUUUCUCGAAUUUACAGACUCAUUAGAGGAAAUCGUGUUUCUAGAAACAAAUUCAUAUCAUCAGUGGUGCGUAAAUUUGAUUCUGGGACAUGGAACAAUUCUACGACUUCCUUUCUAGUGUAUUGCACUGAAAUUCUGUCUAGCUUGCCUUUCACAUUACCUGACGAGCCACUGUAUCUGGUUUAUACAAUUAAUCGGGUCAUACAAGUGAGAGCAGGUGCUCUUGAGUCAAGUAUGAAAGCUUUGAGUUCCGAAUUCAAUCAUGAUCUCUCUUUUGGAACUUCUCAAAAUGGGACGGUUGAGAACCACCUAAAGCAGGAGCAUCUUUCUAAUAUCCAUGAUUUUGCUGAUAAUAAGGCAGAAGCUUUCAUUCCUUCUCCUAGUUGUCCUAGUGUCUCUGAAGAAGAUCAAAACAAGUUCAAGGCUGACAGUCAGGCCGCAAUAGCUUUGCGCUUGCUCAUGAAGCUGAAGAGAUACUUAAAAACUGUCUACAGCCUAAACGAUUCCCGUUGUCAGGCAUAUGAUCCUGCUGAAGCUUUAAAACCAGGGGAAGUUCUCUCCAAGCUAAGCUUUCCAUUUGACCUGCAAGACAUCUCAUUCAACUUGGCAACUACUCACCAAGAAAUGCUGGUGAAAUACCAGGAAUUCAAGGCUGCACUGAAGGAAGAUACCAUUGACUACGCUGUUUACACUGCUAAUGUCAACAGAAAGAGGUCUCGCUCAUCGGGCAUGGAAGCUGGGAACAGUUAUGGCAUUAGAAGGGUGCCUGCCAGAAGUUCAAGAAACAGCAAACCCGUUCAAGAUGUGCGCAAUGACGACGAAGCUGAUAUUGAUGAUGGCUGGAUGAGUGGGUAUUACAGGGCCAGUGGAAGGAGUGGUCGAGGGAGGAGGUGAGUUGGCAGCCUGGCGAUAAUAAAAAGUUGUCUGCCCUGUACAUUGUUUUUCAUAAUGUAGGAAAGGGAAAAAGGGAAAGAAAACGAAAAAUCAAAUCAAAGAGGUCGUUAGGAGGUAGUGGGCGGCAGAUGAUUGUCAGCUUGUACCAUUGAUUGUAAUUUUUUGUCAGCCUGCAUAUAGUGAAAAUAGAAUGUAUUCCUCGGUUCACAUAUA